AUGAGCUCCGGGAACUUUAAGACUGCGGCUCAGCUUACGGAUGUCUCCGGAUGGGUUGUAGUAGGAUCGGGAUGUGGGUCCGGAUUGGGUUUACAAAUGGCGAAAAGCCUCGCUGCAUCCGGAGCCAAAGUCUAUAUCGCGAGCAGACGUCGCGAACUCCUGGACAAGAUUGCAUCAGAGCACACAGGCCCAGGGGAGAUUAUACCGUUGACUUUGGACCACUCUGACAAGCAAAGUAUUCAAACUGCGGUUGAAGAAAUCUCAAAGCGAGAGAAGUAUAUUGACCUGUUUCUUGCAAACGCGGCAGUGACUCGAUCGCGACUGGUCACAACACAACCCAAGGACGUGAACCCAGCCGAAUACUCGAGGAUGUUGUUUGAACAGCCCAUGGAGGACUGGGACGAGCUCUUGCGGAUCAAUUUGAGCGCACUGUACUUCAGUUGUGUUGCAUUCAUGCCGCUGCUGGCAGCAAACCCGCAUAAGGAGAGGGCCUCGAUCAUCACAAUCGGUAGCAUAUCUGGAACAACGACAAUCAGCCAAGGUGGUCAAUAUGCGUACAACGUCUCGAAAGCAGGCGUUCAUUCACUCACCAAAAUGCUUGCAACCGAUUUCAAGCAUCCCUCUAUCGGCGUCCGAGUCAAUUCUAUCGCGCCUGGUUUCUUCCCUAGCGAGAUGACCGUCGUCGAAGGUGAUCCGGAGGCAUGGAACAAGCGAAAAGGCGUUAAAGAAAGGCUGGGAGAGCAAGACGACAUUGCGUCUGCAAUGUAUGCGCUGUGCACGAACAGAUAUAUGAAUGGAGUAGUUCUACAUGUCGAUGGAGGUUGGCUACUUGAUAAUCCGGGGUCAGCAAAUUAG